ACAAAUUCAUCCCCACCCGCCUGCUCUGCUCGGGAAGGACGGAUGCACCUUGUUUAUGCCCAUCAUGAAGAAGAGCAGCAGUCCUGUUUUUUCUUUUUUUUUUUUUUUACUUUGAUCCAAUCAAAUCCCUUUACUGUGGUGACUUCAUGGCAGCUCUCAUGAGUCAUCCAUUCAUACUUCUGUUUAGUAACUGAGUCUCCUCGCUCUGAUUGUCACGGGUAUUUAUAAUGACGGAGGGACGGUCUGCGAGCAUGCUGGCUGAAAAAGUCAAAUAUUGCCAAUGAAACCCAGCAGGAGCGAGAGCACGAGGCAAGGGAUCGUAACACUGGAGCUCAAGGAUAUACCAUGGACUCUGCAUACAUCCCACCACACCUGGACGUCCACCAUGCUCCCCGCUAACCUCCUGCUCCUCAUGGUCUUGCUGCUACCUCAAGCCUCAUCGGGUCGCCAGAGUGGAGAUUCCAAUGGGACUGACAAUGGCAGGGUGCCCCCUACUCCUUCCUCCCCUUCCUCCACAACAGCACUGCCUGAUCCUGGGCUGGCUGAGACCAUCCAGUCUCUCCUCCUGAACCGGCUGGGUCUGCAAUCCCAGCCGAACCCCAGGCCUGGGGUGUCAGUGCCACAGUACCUCCUUGAUCUUUAUCGCUUCCACCAGCAGCAGUACCAUCUAGUGGACGACCCAUUGUUUAGCUUUCCCAGCCAUCACAUUCAGAAAGCUAACACUAUUCGCAGCUUUCACCACAAUGAGCCCCUUGAAGACAGUAUAAAAGCAAACAAUCAGACACACGUGCAUAUCUCCUUCAAUAUCUCCUCUAUACCUCAAGAUGAAAAGGUUCUCUCUGCUGAGCUCCGCCUACUUCGCAGUGACCCUGGCUUUCUUGGCUCUGGACCCCACAGAUUAAACCUUUACCUCUCUAAACACCAUGAAGAUCCUGAGCCCACUUUGCUUGAAACAAGGUUACUCACUAAUGGCCCCCGUAGCCAUAAAGGUGGGGGUUUGUGGGAGGCAUUUAGCCUUAAUGCAGAGCUCCUGCAUAAAGCCCAAGGUGGAACUGGCAGCUUGGGCUUCCUGUUGGAAGUCAAACCUGAUAACAGUACCACCUCACCUGAUCAGAGUUACUCCUCUGCUGCAGGUGAUGAUCAGGCAGAGCAGCACAAAGAUAGACACCUGAGGGUGUGCAGGUCUGUGGGGCAGGACGAUCACACCUGGGCCCAGGAGAGACCCCUCUUGGUGACCUACAGUCAUGAUGGUCAUGGAGAGCCUUUAGUCAAACAUGGCAGAAGAACAUCUGGUAGUAGCAAGUGGAUUAAGUCUAGAAAAGGGUCAAACAAGAAGACCAAAAGAAGCGGGAAAGUCCAUAAUUGGGACCAAGGCUUGGGAAAGGCCCGGAAAAAUGGUAAUACUUUGAAGAGCUGGGGGGAUGAUAAAGGAGGAGUGAGCUGGAAUGAUCGUGGAAGGGUGAAAAGAAAUGGCGGUCCAUCUAAACUGAAGCGGCUUUCCAGAGGCAGGUGCCGGCGUCAUCCUUUAUAUGUAGAUUUUAGUGAUGUGGGCUGGCAUAAGUGGAUCAUUGCGCCCAGUGGCUAUGAUGCCUUCUUCUGCUUAGGAGAGUGCCGUUACCCUCUGGCUGAUCACAUGAAUGCCUCCAGCCAUGCUGUAGUCCAAACCAUGGUGAACUCUGUAAAUGGAGCAGUUCCUAGGGCCUGCUGCGUCCCAACAUCCCUCAGCCCCAUUGCCCUGCUCUACCUGGACAAUGCUGAUAGAGUCGUGCUGAAGAAUUACCAAGACAUGGUAGUGGAGAGCUGCGGCUGCUGGUAGAAGGGUCUGGAAGGCUUGGACACAGUGACACUGACAGUGGACCAUUAAGGAAGCAAAGAGGAGAUUAAGAGAAUCAAAUGGAUGGAAGACAGCCAGAAAACUGCAAACAGACAGAGACUGAAAGAAAAGUAGCAAUUGGAAAUGUAAGCAGAGAGGGUGGAGAUGAUGGGAUAGAGCAGCUAACUUAUUAUUAGAACUAAGAGUUUUGAUGGAAAGAAAGAGUUUAAAGUAUAAGAAAAUUGGAAACAAAGAACAUGCGACAUGCGGAUAACAGAUAAGCGGACAUAUUGAUGAAAGAAAUAAACUGCCAGGAGUGACUCUAUUUAUCAUUUUGCAAUCUUGCAGCAGUUUACAUUAUUCACUGCCGGUCUACUAGUCCCACUGUGAGAGGCCAAUGUUUUAACAUCAAAUGCUUUGACAACAGGUGCCAUUAACAAUUGCAAGUCAGAAAACGCAGGUAAAAGGAGGCAGACAAACUUAUAAACAGUAGAAGGAGCAGAUAUGAGGACUAAUGAAAAAACAGUGACUUCAGACCUGACUCAGACUCUCUCUCUCUAAAGCCUUUAGACUCAACUCGAACCCAAGAUCUUGGACUUAAGACUAAUGAAAAAUUCUAAUUUAAUGUUUUCCUGGGCAAAAAUAUGAAUGUAAAUGUUGACCAAACUUAGCCAUAUGGGUUACCGCAAUUUACACAUAUGACUGUUCACAUAUUCUUAAACACACGUAAACAGUAUGUGCCUGUAAAAGCAGCAGCUUUCAAGUGUGUCAAGAUGUUUCUUUUAUUCUAGUAAAGGAGUUAUUUUAUUAACCAUCAUGAUUUGCAGUGUGGACUAUUAAUGCUUCAUAAAAAAUUAUUCCUAUUAGCUGUAGGUUCAAAAUAAUGAUCACAUGGUUAAUUGUCUAAACACUUUUUUAGAUGUAUAUGGACCAUUUUAAAACAAGAUAAACUUGAUUUACGUCUGCUUCUGACAGCUUAAUCCUUUACUAGUAAGGUAGCACCUUUGCAAAAACACUAAGUUCUUAAAUAUAAAAGAGUUUCCUGUUCUCUUCUUUACUCCCCACAUUAUGUUUACUCUAUGUAUUGUGAUUUUUUUGAGUACCUACUUUUGACUUCACAAUAGAGCUUUUUAAUGUAGAGGUAACAGAUGAUAUCCUAAUAUUUUGUUCAUCUUAUAACUCAAAAUAUGAAAAGCUUAUAACGCUGUGUAACCUACGAUAAAGAAAAUAAUUUGACUAUUUUAGCUGAAGGAUUAAGAGACGCUAACUAUAUCUGUACAAAAAAGUUAAUCUAAAACCUAAGAUCAAUACAAGGAUUAAUGCAGCUGCCAUUAUAGUACAGAUGCUACAUUGGUCUCUUGCGAAAAAGAGUUGAGCCAAAAGAAAAAGCUCUCCAUUUACCAAUCAUUUAACACUUCUACCCCCACCAAUUAUGAUGAAAUCUGGAUCAUAACCAAAAGAACGAGAUCCCAGAUAAAAGCAGCUGAAAUCAUCUUUCUCAGCAGGGUGGCUGGGUACUCCAUUAGAGGGUAAAGGGGUUGGCCAUGCAUGAGAGGGGUAAUGUAGGGCUUCUCCUCCACAUCAAGAGGAGUUUACUGAUGUGGCUCGACAUCCUUCUCAGAUGCCCCCUGGAAACCCCAGAACAUACUGGAGGGACUAUGUCUUUCUUCUGGCUCUGGAAAACCUGGGGCUUCUGUCUGAGGAGAGGAAAGUCUGAGAAUGUCUUCUGAAACUGCUGUCCCAGUGACCCGGUCCCUGAUCAUAGGAAGACGAUGAAUACGAGUAGAAGUACGACUGUAUUUCAGAAAAAAAACAUUUUCUGUUAGAUUUAUUCAGGAUAUUAGGUGUUAUUAAGAGUUUUCUUUUAACAUAAGUGCAUAUUUAUAUAUUUGUUAAGAAAAUAUACCUUUUUAUUUUUUUAUAUUUAAGAGCAGUAAAUAACAAGGGGUUUUUUUACAAGUUAAAAACUUUACUCUUAAUAUUCUAAAAAUUGUAAAUGCUUAUGUUUUAAAUUAGACAAAGACGACAGUUUGACGUAUUGAAGAUCUGGGGAAACUGGACUGCAGUCGUUCAAUGUGAGGAUGAUCAUUUCUGCCAUUAUAGACUUGAGACUUGACAUGGACUUGGGUUCAAAGACUUGCAGAUCAACUUGGACUUGGGGAAAUAAAUAUUUAAUACCAUCUAUGUUCUCCUGAGAUAUAAUCCCCUGUGUAAUAUCCAAACAAUCAUGAAAUAGUUCUGCCUGACUUGACCUGAAUAACUGACUGUGUUUAAAAUAUAAAUAUGGCACCAGCAUGGUAUUUAAAAACUUUGGACUGUUUUAUCUGCAGUAUCUGAAUAAGAAGAAGGGUCCAUUUGUUUCUAUGAAAGCUAAAAUAAUGAAUGACUGUACCAUACAAACAACCACUGCAUUGCAAGCUAUUUAAACAAUAUUGUGGAGGAAUUCACAUGCUAUUAUUUGAAUGUAUUACUAUCAUUAUUAUUUAAAAACAAAACCAUUUUGUAAAUUUAUUUUGCAAAAAUUCAUGUAAUGGUGAUUUUGCAAAAGUGAACUCUAAGUUAAAAGACACAUUAUGUAUUUAAAGAAACAGCAGCAUUGUGUAUUUAAUCUAGAAAUCUUUAAAAUGCCUGCACUCUUCAGAGUAUCCAGCAAACAUGAAAGCCAGCCACAUGAAGUACUUAAUGGUAGCUUUACAUCACAACAAAUGUUUGGUAUUAAACGUUUAAACAUGAAGUUAACGAUGUUUGACGCUUCACAUGAUGUGCAACACAUGAUAGCAAACAUAUGUGAUAUUACCUCCAGAAACUGAACUAACACAUCAGUUGAAAGCUCUGUGUGUUCUAGCAGCUGAAAUGUGUAACACAGGUGUCUCUGUUAUAGUUGUGUUUGCAUGUGUAUGAUGUGAAUCUCGGCCUUUAGUGCCUUUUAAAACAGAGGCUUUAAACAUGUUGCCUGCUCAGCUUCGUGAGUGUUUUACAGUGAUGCUUUUUCCUCUAUGAAUGGAAACAUUUAAGCAAGAGUGUGUAAAAUGUUUGCCAAUAUACCUCUAAUAAACGAGA